UUUAUCUUUUUCUGUCCUGUAGCGCUUCCUCGUCUUCAAUCCCCAAAUCUGUUCUAGUUUGAGUAAGGUUCUGGGCAUUGUGUAGGUGUAGGACUCCUAAGUGAGAAACAGUUUAACAUGUUGAAAAUCUCAGGAGUUUUCAACUUUUCAAAUGAAGUCAUGUGGGAAAGAACCUGCAGAAUGAUUAUUUAGUUGUAGAAUUUCCAGGUGGGGACAUUUCGUUUGUGAAGGUACCAAGAGGAAGAUUUUGGAGUAUGUGUAGGGUUCUCUCCUAGUUCCGCGGACCAAUGAGAAGCAAGUUACACCUUCCUCUGGCCUUUCUUCACUGUGCGAACCACGGAAUCCUUUGUUAAUGUACCUUCCCUAAUGCCUUCUCUUUUUAUCUUUCCAUGCCUCUCUGCAUCUCCAUCCUCAACCUCAAAUUCAGGCCGUCCUUAUUAUUCUCCUGGAAAAGUUAAUCUAACUUCUUUUUUCUUUUUUUAAUUUUGUAAUGGUUACUUAUUUUUGAGAGAGAGCGAGAGAGAGCGUGCAUGAGUGGGGGAGGGGCAGAGAGAGAGGGAGACACAAAGUCUGAAGCAGCUUCCAGGUUCUGAGCUGAGCUGUCAGCACAGAGCCCAAGUUGGGGCUCACACCCACGAACCAUGAGAUAAUGACCUGAGCCGCAGUCGGACACCCAACUGACUGAGCCACCCAGGUGCCCCGAGUCAAUCUAACUUCUAACCUGCCUUCAGUCUUUCUCCUUUUCUAACCGACCCUCACUUUUGCCUCCAAAACAUUCUAAAAAGUAAAGGUAAUUAUGUCAUAUUCUACUUCACCUUCAAGGAUAAAAUCCAAAUUCUUCAAUAUGAUAUUCAGACUCUGCCUUCCUUAUAGCCUAAUCUAUCACACCCAUUACAUACUUUACGCUUUAAUGACUGAGCUAAUUGAGGUACCUAACUUAUGCUUUCUCAUGCUUUGGCACUUCUAAAAAAUCCAUUUCUUUUUCUUAGAACAUUCUUCGUCUCAUAUUCUGCCAGCUAGUCCCCAUCUUUACAACAAAAGACCUUCAAAGAGUUUUCUAUGCUCAUUGUCUCCAGUUUUCCCCUUCCAUUAAAUGAAUCUACUAUCAAGCUUCUGUCUCUACCAAGCAAUGGAAUAGCUCUUGUGGUCACUAAUCACCCCCAUGUUGCUAAAUUCACUGGUCAUUUAAUCUUAUUUGAUCAAAUCAACAUUUGACACAGUUGAUUACUCCCUCCCUCUUUGAAAUGCUUUUCCCCCUGACUUCCAGGGUACGUCUCUCACUUCUCCUUCCCUUGACGGUCUUUUCCAGGCUUUUUUGUUGCUUCCUCUUGAUCUACCAGACCUCUAAACUUUGGAGUGCUUCCAAGGCCCAGUCCUUGGACUUCUGCUUUGUUGACAUUUCCCGGGUCAUUUCAUUCUGUCUCAUAACUUUUAAAUACCAUUUGUAUGCACAGGACUGAUAAAUUCCUAUCUUAUCAUCACUAAGGCUGAAAACUUUAUGGUCAUCCUCGAUUGUUCUCUCAUAUCCCCCUACCCUCAUAUGCACAGUGAAUCUUCUUGGCUUUAUUUUCAAUGUACAGAACACUUCUCACCACCUCUACUGUUACCACCCCGAUUCACGCCACCCUUAUCUUUUGCCCAGAUCAUUGCAUAGCCUCCUAACAGUGCUUCCAGCUUUGACCCUUGUCUUCACAGAGCAGCAGGAAAUGUAUGUAUGUCAGAUGUCACUCUUCUGCUCACAGCCCUCCAGUGGCUUCCCAUCUCAUUCAGAGUUAAGAAUAAAUUCCUAUAAGUGAGGUUGUUGCUCCAGCCCUGGAACCACAAGGCCAUGAUCCAGCUCAUUGUUCCUCUUGCCAAGUCUGCCUAGUGAAAGUGGCAUCUUUUUCUAACCUGCACAAAGGUGCCGCAUGGGCUGGGAGUGGUCCUGCCUUCAAGGGCUUCUAUUUUACGUGAUCUGGCAGCUACCUCUCUGACCUUAUCUUUUCUCUCCCUUUCCCAUUCUCUCCUAGCCCUGCUGGCCUUCUUGCUGUUUGUCACACAUGCUGUCCUGCUUUGAAGAUUUGGGCUUGCUGCUUUGUAUGCAUCAACCACUCUUCACAGGAAUCUUCACACUACUUUUUUCAGAUUUCUAAAAUGUGACCUUACCAGUGAGGGCUUUCCUCUUUCCCAACUUAAUGCCUUGUAUAAAGUAGCAUCCUCCCAUCUUCCUUUCUAGUUCCCAUUCCUUGUUUUAUUUAUUUAUUUAUACAACUGUUUACUCCCAUGUGUCAUCUGUAUUUUGUGUGUUGUCUGUCUCUCGGUUUGAAUGUAACCUCCAGGAGGUUAGAGACUUUAUUUUGUUUGAUGCUGUAUCUCUAAUGUCUAGAAUAGUGGCAGACACAGUAGGUGACCCCCCCCCCCACCCCGCCCAAACAUUUAUUGAAUAAAUACAUGCAGCCCAACAUAAACAUUGCACUUGGGACGAUUCCAUUAGGUAUUUUACCUGAUGUUUCCCUGCCCUCUCCCACAGACUAGUGAGGUAUCUCUCAGGCUUUUGGAGUGCAAUGUGUCCACCUCUGUCACAAUGCCCUCUCUGCUCUGUAGCAAUGGCUCAUUUAACUAGACCCAAUAGGUUUGACUGGGAACAUUUGUCACUUGUUUUCUCUGUAUCCUUAUGUGUCUAACAUGAAUGAAUGAGUGAAAGGCUUAUCAAAGUUUUGGCUUUGUUGCAAAAGCCAGUCGAGGCUUAACUGUUCUCUGGUGAACCAGUGUGCAGAUUGUGACAUAUGUCGGUCCAAGAAAUAAAUAAACAUGCAGUUCUCCCUCCUAUCAUUAGUAGAAGUGACAAGGAAUUUUUGGAAAGUAUGCAAAGAUACAUAAUUGCAGAAACUGAAAGAGUGGGCUGUAAUGAGGAAGGACCUGCUGAUGAAUAUUACAUCAUAUACCGAAAUGUUUUUGAUAAGGUAAUAGAGUAUGUCACUGCAUACAAAUCCAUUCUUACUUCAAUCAAAAAAGAAUAUGAUGCCUUUAUUGAGACAAUAAAGGAAAGCCAAAAGACUGCAUUUUGUCUUCAUGGAAAACUUAAAGCUUUGGCAGCAGAGCCCAUAGCAUUGGUAUAUCACAGGAAAAGAACAAUCCAACUUGAAGCAAAAAUGAGGGUUAUUGAAAAUAAUUCCUCACAAAUUCAAUUGCAAAUAGACCAAAUGAAGCAACUUAGGGCAGAGUAUGAUGCAAAAGAAGUAAAAUAUCAUACUUUCUCCAAAGAUCCUUCAAAACCUAUUCCAGGCAUGACUCUCCAAGAAUCCGUCAGUUUAGAUGCUCUCACUAAAUACCUGAAACAUCUUGAAGAUAAAUAUGCCGAAAUUAAACAGGUUAUGUUGAAAAAAUAUGUACCAGUUCAGAGGAAGGCAGAUUUAGAUGAGGAAAUGAUGGUGACAUUAAAACGGAGAGAUUUAGCUGAAAAUUUAAACAAAGAAUUACAGUUUCGUCAUCAAAGACUGCAGAUUAUUUCAAAUGCACUUACUUCAUGGGUAAAAUCUGAUAUGAGCAGCUCAUUUCAAGAUUUCGUGGAGCAAAUUCAGAAAACUAAAGAUUUACAUGGUGACCAAGGCAUUAUUGAGGAACUGCUUGAAGAUGAUCCAGGCAAGGCAAAAGAAGCUGAAAUUUUGCUUUCCUACAUUGAAAGGUUCAAUGAAUUAAUGUUGCUUGGUGAAUAUGAAAAGGCAGCUUGUUUUGCAGCACACAGUCCUAGAAGAAUUCUUCAAAACAUUGGGACAGUGAAUAAAUUUAAGGCUGUUGGAAAAAUUAGAGGAAAGCCUUUUCCAUUACUCUUAUUUUUUGAAGCCAUCUUUAGUACAAGUCAUGCAUGCAGACGUCCUAUUGAUGCAGAACUGACCCUGGAAGGAAUCCAAUGUGGAUUAUCUGAAAAACGUUUAGAUUUAGUUAUCAAUUGGGUCACUCAGGAAAGGCUCACAUUUUCUGAGGAGGCUGGGGAUGUCAUUUAUGAUUAUGGGGAGCAGGAUACCUAUAACAAGGCCAAGUGCCUGGCUUUAGCUCAGAUGAUCUACACUGAAUGUGGCCUGCACAAGAAAGCUCUUCUUUGCCUAUGUAAACAGGGUCAGAUUCAUGGGGCCAUGGAAUACAUACAACAGUUCAAGGACUUUACUUCCGAUGACCUGAUGGACCUAAUCAAGUUAUGUCCUCACACUGAAUUAAUUCAAUGUCUCACUAGAGAAUGGAACGGGAAACCACCAUCUUUAUCUUUUGGUCUUGCUAUACUUCAUCUGUUCUCUGUAGAUAUGAAAAAAGUUGGCAUUAAGCUACUUCAAGAGAUAAGUAAAGGUGGGAAAGGUAUAGUCGAACAUCUUAUGAUAAAUGAUCCAUUUUGCUCAUUAGAAAACUGGCAAGAAGUAGCAAAUAUAUGUUUACAGAAUGGCUUUGACAGAUUAUCUCGUGACAUCAUGUCCAUUCUUCGAUCUCAGGCUGGAGUUACAGAAAUUUCUCAAGAAGAUGAUACAGUCAACUUAAUGGAACAUGUUUUUUGGUAGUGCUACAUCUUAACCAGUUGAGGGAGCUUGUAUAACAUUUUAUGUGUGUUGGUUGGACAAACUGAUUUUGGCAUAACUAAGUUAUAAAUAAAUCCAAAGUGUGAAGCUCUCAGAAAUCAUGCUGCUCUUAUUAUGUUGACAUUUAGAUUUGUCCUUGAAACAUUUAGACUAUUGCUUUCUUUUUCUCCAUAUGGUCAUUUCUUACAUUGAAUCUUGAUAAAAUCCAAGAAUGUAACUCAGUUUAGGUAUAUACUUCUAUCUAAGGGCAUAAGCUAACAUCUAGAUAUAUUCUUUUCUGGUGAUCACAUUUCAUAGUAAGAACUGGGGAAGGUGUGGGUAAUAUCCUGUCAGACUAAUUUCCCAAAUAUUGAAUGCUAUGAGCCUGAUUUUUAACAAGAAAGACAGGAUGUCAUUUUGAGGUUGGACUCACUGGUGAAAUCCUAAGUAUAGUAAUUUUGUGCUACUGACUUAAAGAUGUGCCCCAUGCUUUGGUCAAUGUAAAUGGCAAAUGUUAGGCUUCUACUCUAAAAGUUGGGAAUCCUAGCAUGUUCUUACCUAGAGAGAAGACCAGCCAAAUUUUGCAUGGAUGUAGACCUGAGAUACCUGUAGGUAUGGAACAUAUGUCAUAGGUGGUUUGGGAUGAUUUCAAAUGUCUGAGUAAGUAUUUGUUGGAAUACUCAGGUUGUGUCAUGGACGGGUAGGAUAUUCAACAUAUUUAGUGAUCCACAUGGCACGGACACCAUGAGUCAAACAGAACAGAUCCCCAGCUAAUCUUAACAGCUUUCAGCCCUUAUGCCACGGCAGAGCAUAGCAGCUAAAUGUCAGCCUUGAUCAUGGAACUUGGUAACAGUGAGCUGCUAUGAGAUGGAGUAGGAGUAAAAAGUCAAGCUUCUUUCCCCUCCUAAAUUUAAAUUGAAUGUCUGUUUUUUUACUCUAUAGUUGAAAGAAUAUGAACUUGGAAUCAGGUAGCCUCAUAUUUAAAUUCUGGUCUUACCUCUUCAUCUUUGUGAAAUACGGGCGGUAAUACUCCUCCAAAGGUUUGUCAUGAAGGUUAGUGAUAUGUGUGUAUAAUAGAAGUAUAUAACAUAAUAGAGGAAUUUUGCAGAAGGUAACUGUUAUUUCUAUGUAAUAGGUCCCAGAAAUAUAUGUUCCUCUGCUUGGCUUAAACUUACUAAAUCCCACAUAUCUAUCUGUCUUUAUUUGUAUAAUUAUCCUUCUUUGGUGUAUUUGAUAAUACUGACAUACCUUAUUCCUAAAGUAAGUGAUCUGUCUAUGCUAGGGUUUCUUGGCUUAUCUUAUAAAUCCAGAGGGUACUGGCUGCGUUCUCAGUUUUUCCAUAUAUUGCUAAACACAGUAAAGCAUAAUUAUAAUUCAGUUUUCUAAAACAAUAUUUUUUAAAGUAAUAUAUGUACAUAAUUUAAAAAGCAACGUAUUACUAAAAGGCUUAUAGUAACUAAUAAUAUUUUGAUUUCUGGCCAUCACAUUAGCUGUGAUUUUUUGAAAAGAAAAGAUGAAGGAUGGAAAAAAGAAAGGGAAAGAGAAAAGGCAUUUCAGCAGCAUUGAUUUUUUAUUUUUAAAAAAAUUUUGAAUUUUGUUUAUUUUUAGCAGCAUUGAUUUUUAAUAUACCAAUGAAACCUUUUUUCUUUGAGACUUGUAUAAUUGAUAGAAAGCUAUUAUGUGUCCAUUGACAGAACUUAGGGGAAAAAAGUAUCCCUGAAAGCCAGGAGGAUGAAGUAGGAACUUAAAUGUGGAAAAAGCUUGGAACAGCAGCUGUUGUUGUUACUGUUAAUUUUACUUUUAUUUUAAAAUGUUUUUCCUCCACUCAUUAUUGUUCCUCCUCUGUUUAGCAUUACCUGCGGCAGUUUUCCCAAGGAAUGCGAAACUUGUCAAGUGAAUAUAAAUCAAAAUGUAUAGAGAUGGAGUUGGGAGGAAGAGCAAGAAAGAAUAUGAAGUCAAGUGGGGGGAGGAGGAGGAGUGGAGCUGUGAGCUACAAAAGGUUUGGAAGCAGUCGGAGCCUCCUGUAGGCUGCACUGAAGAGAUGCAUAACAUGAGCCUCUUGGCAUAGGACCCUGCAUGCGAGACCAGCUCUACCACAGUCUGGCUUUGUGUCCUUUUCUUCAUAAGUUUAUUUUGACUAGAUAAUUCCUCUUAUCAUUUAUAAGUCAAAAAUUCUGUAAUUCUGCAAAGGUACAAAUGAUUCCCCAGUACUUUUUGACCUUUUGCGUAAAUUUGAAAUACCAAGCAAGAUAGAUUCAACAUCAGAAUCAAUAACACAUACUGAAUACCUA